AUGAAAGAAAAAAAGGUAGAAGAAGUAAGCGCAUGUCAGAAGGAAGUCACACAAAAAAAAAAUAAAAAAGUGGAUGUUCAUGAUUGUAGCAACCAUCACAAAGAAACAGAAGAGGUAAAGGGAGCUACAAAAAGCACAGUGCCAGACAGCGAUGAGGAUUACUCAAUUAUCACAAUGUGCACAAAAUGUUUGUCGAAAAAAACAGAAGAAAAUAAGAAUAAAAUUAUCCUACAUAGUAAAGCAUUUAAAGAUAAUAAAGGGAAAGCUAGAUGCAGUGUUAGUAGUAGUAGUGAUCCAUUAUCGCAACAUUUGAACUUAUCUCCAUAUUUUGACAGAUCUCAAAUAGUUCAAGAAAUAAUAUUAAUGAAUAAUGAUGAACUUACAGAUGUAUACGAGCUGGAUAGAUACAAAUUAGGAAAGGGAUCUUAUGGAAGUGUAGUUAAAGCUGUUAAUAAAAAAACCGGACAACAAAGAGCCAUAAAAAUUAUAGAAAAAAAAAAAAUCCACAAUAUAGAAAGAUUAAAGAGAGAGAUUUUAAUCAUGAAGCAAAUGGAUCAUCCAAAUAUAAUAAAAUUAUAUGAAGUAUAUGAAGAUAAUGAGAAAUUAUAUCUAGUAUUAGAAUUAUGUACUGGGGGAGAAUUAUUCGAUAAAAUUGUAAAACGUGGUAGUUUUUCAGAAUAUGAAGCAUAUAAAAUUAUGAAACAAAUUUUUUCUGCUUUAUAUUAUUGUCAUAGUAAAAAUAUUAUGCAUAGAGAUUUAAAACCUGAAAAUAUUUUAUAUGUUGAUAAUUCUGAUGAUUCUCCAAUUCAAAUUAUUGAUUGGGGAUUCGCAAGCAAAUGUAUGAGCAAUCACAAUUUAAAAUCUGUUGUUGGAACACCAUAUUACAUUGCACCCGAAAUAUUAAAAGGAAAAUAUGAUAAAAGAUGUGACAUAUGGAGUAGUGGUGUUAUUAUGUACAUUUUACUAUGCGGAUAUCCUCCAUUUAAUGGUAAAAAUAAUGAUGAAAUAUUAAAAAAAGUAAAAAAAGGUGAAUUUAUUUUCGAUCCAAGUUAUUGGUCUCGUGUGAGUGAUGAUGCUAAAGAUCUCAUCUGUGAAUGUCUCAAUUAUAACUAUAAGGACAGGAUAGAUGUAGAAGGGGUUCUAAAUCAUAAAUGGUUUCGAAAAUUCAAAAGUGAUAAUGUUGUCAUUAAUAAAACAUUAAAUAGAGCAUUAGUUGAAAAAUUUAAAGAAUUUCAUAAAUUGUGCAAAAUAAAAAAGUUAGCUGUUACUUGUGUUGCUUAUCAGUUAAAUGAAAAAGAUAUUGGAAAACUCAAAAAAACAUUUGAAUCAUUUGAUCAUAAUGGAGAUGGAGUAUUAACAAUUUCAGAAAUAUUUCAGUGUCUAAAAGUUAAUGACAGUGAACUAGAUACAGAAUUGUACUUUCUACUUAAGCAACUUGAUACAGAUGGAAAUGGACUAAUAGAUUACACAGAAUUCUUAGCCGCUUGUCUAGAUCAUUCAGUAUUUCAGCAAGAUGUCAUAUGUAGAAAUGCCUUCAAUGUAUUUGAUUUGGAUGGAGAUGGCGUUAUCACAAAAGAUGAAUUAUAUAACAUUCUUUCCUUCAGUACUGUUCAGGUUUCCUUCAGCAAAGAAAUUAUUGAGAAUCUCAUCAAAGAAGUUGAUGCAAACAACGAUGGUUAUAUUGAUUAUGAUGAAUUUUACAAAAUGAUGACUGGGGCUAAGUAG